AUGAACUUUCCGGUCUGGAAGUAUCUUCCUAGCCCCUGGAUAUCUCCUGAUAAGGGUAUCGGUGAAGACUUUUCUGGUAUUGUUGAAGCCGCUGGCAAAGACAGCGGUUUUGAUGUAGGCGACGAAGUCUACGGCAUCACAUUCACGCUGACAGGCGGCACACUCCAAGAAGUCAUUGCUAUCAACACAAAAUCGAGCGUCGUAGUCAAAAAGCCUAAAGAGAUGAGCUGGGAACAGGCUGCUGCAUUGCCAUUGGUGUGGUUAACAGCACGCACAACAAUCGCUCAUGUCGAAUCUCAUAUCAAGAGCAGUGGUCGUUUGACUGUUCUAGGUGGAAGCUCCGCUGUAGGCACGUAUGUGCUCCAACUUGCCAGUCAGCGAGGAUGGGAAGUGCUCACCACAUGCUCCUCCCGAAACACCGAAUUUGUGAAGUCCAUGGGAGCAACGUCUGUCGUCGACUACAAUACGGAUGACGUGGCACAGGCUGUCCGAGAUUUCGGUCCAGCAGCCAUCAUCGACUGUGUUGGCGGAACUUCAUGCAUAGGUCUAGCAAAAAGGUACGUUACCAUUGUAGGAGACAAAACUGGUCGCGACAGCAUGGGUGGCGCAGCAAUAUAUCUGUGGAACCCCAAGAUGGUCAUUCGAACGUUGCUCGGGAAGAUGAAUUUAGGGGCAAGCUACGAUUGUGUCAACCUCGAAUUUCGCAAAGAGUGGCUAGAGGAGACGUUGAAUCUCGACCGUAGCAAAAUCAUCAUCGACAGCACAUGGGGCUUUGAUCAGGUGAAGGAAGCUUUCGCAAAGCUAAACACUGGACGAGCAAGAGGGAAGGUAGUAGUAAAGGUUUGCUUGAAAUAA